GGGAGCAGGAGCGGGAUAAGCAUCUGAUAAAAAAAGAUGCUAGAAAGAGAAUUAUCUGUAUCGAGGGCAACAUUGCAAGUGGGAAAACAACAUGCCUGGACUAUUUUGCACAAACUACCAACAUUGAGGUUUUGAAGGAACCCUUGAGCAAGUGGAGGAAUGUUCGAGGUCAUAAUAUCCUGGGCUUAAUGUACCAGGAUGCUUCAAGGUGGGGGAUAACUCUGCAGACCUAUGUCCAGCUGACCAUGCUGGAGCAGCACACCAGGCCCAUGAUUUCCCCCAUAAGGAUGAUGGAGCGAUCCAUUCACAGUGCAAAACACAUUUUUGUGGAAAACCUGUAUCGAAGUGGGAAAAUGCCAGAGGUGGAUUAUGCUGUCCUAAGUGAAUGGUUUGACUGGAUCCAGAACAACACUGAUGUUUCAGUUGAUUUGAUAGUUUAUUUGCAGACAUCUCCUAAAGUUUGUUAUGAGAGGCUAAAGACACGAUGCAGGGAAGAGGAAAAAGUCAUUCCUCUGGAAUAUUUAGAAGCUAUUCAUGAGCUCUAUGAAGAGUGGCUCAUUAAACGUUCACUGUUUGAAGUUUCCUGCCCAGUACUUGUUAUUGGAGCUGACCAUGACAUGCAGAAAAUGAUAGAGAAGUAUGAAGAAAACCGGGACCAAAUACUGAACCCGCCUGACAGACAACAUAAUUUAUAGAAGCCUGUGACUGUUGUAUCAAAAAUCAUCUACUGAAAUCUGAUUUGGUGUGUUUAAUAUUUAAAUAUAAUGGGUACUGUUUUUGCACUAUGCUUUGUAGAAUGCUGUAUACCAAUCGGGAAGAGAAUAUGAGCCAAUUCCCUUUGUGUUUUUAGGUUUUCCAUCAGCUUUACUGUGUCAGUUCUGUUCAGCUAAAAUAUGGCUGUUUCCCUCGUUUCCUACUUCACUGCUGCUUCCUAGAAGUAACUUUAAUUUCUUCUUGUUUUUUUUCCCCAAAGACAGCCCUGUUUUUGUAAUUUGAAAUAAACAGUUUAUUACAACGCUCCUCUGA